AGUCUCUAUUUGACUUUCGUCGUUUUCGUACACAUUUUUGUCGUGGAAUGAAACUUUAUCAUCAAUAAUUUUGAAAAAUUGCCGUGGCACAUUUUGUUUUCGAUUCUUUCUUUUUCUCAAUGAAGGAGCACCAGAGAAUGAAAACAAUUAUUCAACUAGUCACUAGUAUUGAUUGAUAUAAAUCAGAGUGCAAAAAAUAUCUUGAUAAAAGUAGAGGAAAAUCUAUGUAAUAUUGCGCGUGUGAAAUGGCAACAUGACUGUGCUCGUAUUACGAAAAGGAUAUUUCAGAAAAAUUUAUGUAACAAUUUUCGUGUUUGGAUAACACUUUACGGUGAUUUGGGGUAAAGUUUUGCCUGUAGGUUAUUUUUAGACUAACGACUGCGAAUAUUGGAAGAGUGAAUUUGUCAUAAAAGUUUUAUGAGUGGAAGAAAAAUCGAAAAAAAAUAAGUGAAGUUUAUAAGCCGCUUCAGUGUAAUUGCAAUAGCUUCAAUUGAAGUGAAUACUCGAACACAUCAGUGGAUAUGAAAAACAUAAAAUAAGUACAUGCAACCGACAACACCGUAAAAACACCCAGCCAAAAACCAUCAUGGUGGUAAAUAAGCAGAAAAUAAUCGGAAAUCAGGAUCAACAAAACCAACAUUUCGAACAGGAUAUUGCACGGGAUAAUGUAAAUGAAAAAUUGGUUCAGUGCAAUAACACAUUCGAUCUAAUUUGAUAAAUGUUUUUCAAAUUCGUUAAUGUUUCCCAAUUACAUUCAAUUGAAAUGAUCAAUACUAAUCGCCAACGUGCGGAGUGCAUCUAACACAAACGAUUGACUAGAAUUGAAAUUUAGUUGCAACGCUUUGAGUGGAAAGCGUUUAUUAAACAUAAAAAUUUAAAUUUCAACUAAAUGCGAAGGAAAGGCGGAUUAUAUGCGUUAACCGAAUUAAAUUGGCAGCGUUGAUAUUGUAAACCUAAAAACUUCACGUUCGGGCCUUUGUAUUUAAACCGAUUUAUCAAUAAAGUUUUCAUCUCAAUGGAGAAAUUGAAAAAUAUGCAACUGAAACAUUUGAAAUCAGAUUAAAAUUUAAAUUAUUUGUGCAAAUAAUAAUUCCUAUUGUAUAUUAUAUUCGGGCAUUAUCAUUUUUAUGUAACAUUCAAUAUUAAUAAUAAUAUCUCGGAUUCAUAAAACAUUGGGUGAAUAUAUACACAGUGGAACGCGAAUUUUUUUCGUUUUUAAUCAGGCCAACACGCUCCGAUAUUGCAUUGUUUUGCCAUAACAUAACAUAACAAAUAUAACGGUAAAUAGAUUUAAUUGUGUAAAUGGUCAAAAAGUGUCAUACAAAUAAUCAUGGAAAAGUCAAAUGUAUUUGCAUUUAUUUGUUACGUGCAUGGACUAAUUAAAUAGCAACCAUUUGGUCGAACUUAAGCCGUUAUUCGUGUAAAUCAUUCAUUAUCCACUUGGCGAUGGCAACACAAAUUGCAUGUCCAAUUUCAUAAAUAAACUUUGUCGACGGAAAAAAAACGAACGAUAUAGUCAACCGUGAAAAUGGAAAUUAAAUGUUUUAGUGAUACUUUUAGGUUAGUGAUUGUUGUCAUCACAUUGUAUGUGCAAUUUUCACACGGAUUAAUCGAAGCGAACAUGGACAAGGAAAAGCAUGUUCGUGCAAUCGAUGUGCAGGCCGUUGAAGGAAAACGUGUAUCGUUGCCUUGUCCACUCAUACCCCCGUCCAGAGACAAAGUCUACAUGGUGUUGUGGUUUCGCGACGAUGCUGGCAUUCCAUUGUACAGUUUCGAUGUUCGAGGCAAACCGUUGGCACAAGCACGACACUGGUCAGCGCCAGAGACAUUCGGAUCUAGAGCGAAAUUUAAUACAGCAUCAGAACCAGCCACAUUAGAUUUAGAGGAUAUAAAACGCCACGAUCAAGGGGUGUAUAGAUGUAGAGUUGACUUCCGUACAAGCCAAACACAAAGCUUUCGCUACAACCUCACCAUAAUAAUUCCUCCUGAGCAUCCAUUGGUUUUGAAUAGAUGGGGACGCCAAUUGAAUGGAACAAUACUCGGUCCGAUGGAGGAGGGGGACGACAUUAUGCUCACAUGUCGCGUUGUUGGUGGUCGGCCGCAACCAGAAGUUCGAUGGCUAGUAAACGGACUGCUCGUUGACGACCAAUAUGAACAUAAUUCGGGCGAUGUAAUUGAAAAUCGCCUGCUGUGGCCAGCUGUACAGAGAACAGAUUUAAAUUCCGUAUUUACUUGUCAGGCUGUGAACACAAUGCUAGUUGAACCGAAAGAAAGCAGUUAUGUGAUGGACCUCCAUUUAAAACCGCUCACUGUUGAAAUACAGAAUAAACCCAGUUCAUUGGUAGCAGAUCGAAGAUAUGAAGUUUCUUGCGAGAGCUCGGGGUCCAGGCCAAAUGCUAUUAUUACGUGGUACAAAGGAAAGCGGCAAUUAAGACGAACGAAGGAUGAAACACUGAAUAAUACAACUAGAUCGGAAUUGAGUUUCGUUCCGUCAACUGAAGAUGAUGGAAAAUCUAUAACAUGCAGAGCUGAAAAUCCGAAAGUGACUGGUCUUUUUCUGGAAACAACUUGGAAACUCGAUGUUGUUUAUCCGCCAAUUGUUACGCUGCGAUUAGGCUCCACAUUGUCUUCGGACGAUAUAAAAGAUGGUGACGACGUUUAUUUUGAAUGCCACGUCCAAGCGAAUCCCCAAUGGAGAAAGUUAUAUUGGCUGCACGAUGGUAUCGUUUUGGCACACAAUACAACAGCCAGGGUAAUACGUUCGAAUCAGAGUUUGGUUUUGCAGAAAGUUACACGUCAGUCCAGUGGGAAUUAUUCCUGUAGCGCCAUCAAUGCAGAAGGUGAAACCGUUAGCAAUCAAUUGGAGUUGAGAGUGAAGUAUGCACCACUUUGUGUUACUGAUAAGGUUGUCAUAGUUGGUGCUUUCAGAGGUGAAAAUCUCAACAUUUACUGUGAAGUACAAGCUGAUCCACCGCCUCGAUCGUUUCGUUGGAAAUUUAAUAAUUCGGGCGAAACAUUGGAUGUUGGCAAGGAGAGAUUUCACAGAAAUGGCUCGACGAGUAUAUUGCAAUACACACCUGUCACAGACCAGGAUUAUGGAACACUUUCCUGCUGGGGUCAAAAUGAAGUUGGACUUCAAAAACACCCGUGUAUGUUUCAGAUCGUUUUGGCUGGUUUACCAGCGGUCGUAAAAAAUUGCACAUUCAACAAUCAAACCCAACAUUCAGUGGAAGUACAAUGCACCGCCGGAUAUGAUGGUGGAUUGCCACAGGUAUUCAUUUUGGAACUUAUUUCAACACGUACUGGCAAAGUCAGGUUUAAUAUGACCAACACCGAAGAACCAUAUUUUCUAAUCGAGUCUCUGGAUACUCUAAGUUUGGACGCGAUCGAAGAUCGUGCAUAUAAGGCAGUCAUUUUCGCUGUAAACCAAAAAGGUAGAAGCCCAAGGAUCGUACUGAAAGACUUUCUAAUUGGUGACAAUCACCAAACUCAAACUACUUCUGACGAAUCAUCCUUCCAAUUAUCUCCGAUUUUAUUGGGAAUUUUAUUAACACUAUUGAUAGUAGCUUGCUUCAUUGUAUUAAAGAUCUACUCGAGAAGGCGUACGAAAUCCAACGAUACAUUAAAUAAUUCGAAACAAUCGAAUAGCUUGCUGUGCAGCCAAGACGCGACAAAGAAGAAUCUGAAGUCGAGUCCACGGUGGCAGUACAAUGAUGCUAAACGGAGUAAAGAAAAUAAAACGGGAGCAGAAGUAAUAGAAGACGAACGGGAUCCGGACGUGAUACCGGCACAGUACGUGUCUAAUGAAGUUGGUGUUACAUACACAACCCAAUGGACUAACGAGGCAUAUUUUGACAAAUAUUCAAAUCACGAAAAUCGUCCAAAAAAUUUACUACUCAAGUCGGUAACAACGAAUGUUCCCAACCAACAGCAGCAACAGCAGCCGCAGCAACAACAACAACAAGACUUAAUACUAGGAACAUAUUUUCCAGAUUCAAAAGAACUGACUGGCAUAGAUUUAGAUAUAAAUGUACAUGCAAUCAAAAAUUUAUUAAUGGCAACGCGGGUGCCUGAGAGUUGUGUUUAAAAAUUCAGAAUUAAACAAGAAAGAAAAUGUUAAAGAAAAGUUCUAAGCGAAAUUAAAGAUUUUGUUUAUACCAAAAGUAUUAAGUAAAACAGAAUUUGAAUGAAUUGGAAUGGUUUUUUAAAAACAAAAGUGUCUCACCGAAAAGUGAAAUACGAGAAAGAAGUAAUUUUCAUGACAAUUGAAAGAAAAAAACAUCAAACCGAAAAGUGCUUCUCGUACCAUAGAAUCGUGUAUUUUAACUUUGCGUCAUUAUCGUUCCAUCAACAAUAUAAUUGUACCAAAUUUCCAAACUCGUCUGUCUAUUUUUGAACUCAAAAACCAUUCUUUUUCGAACAAUAUGAGUCACAAUUUGUGACAAAUUUAAAUUGGAGAAAUCAAAUUUAAAAUUAUGUUCAAGGUACAAUACAAUAGAAACAAAAUACCGUCAUAUCAAAGCUGGUCAUAUCCCAAUUAAGUUUUUAAAAAAAAUGAAUUUCAACAAAAUGUAGAGCUAAUUGAAAGUGACGUGGAUUUAAUACUGCAUAGCCUCGGCUUCAGCCAUAACAUGUUUUAUGAGCGCAUAACAAUGGAAUUUUUUUUUUGUCGAAACAAAAACAUUGUAUAUUAUCAUCGGAAAAUCGGAUAUUUUUUUUUAUUUUCGAAAUUCUACAUUUAAUUGUCCUUUUUUCCCCAUCAACAUAAAAAGAAAAACGAUAAAAAUUAAUUAAGUAAUUGAGUUUUGUACAUAUAAUAAAAAAAAUGUCAUUAAACGAAACCAAUCAAAUCAUCAAACUCAUUAACUGUAAAUAGAAAAAAGGCAGAGGAAAAAAAGGAACAGAAAAUGAAGGAUUAUUAUGUUGCAAGAAGCGAAACAUUUUGAAACGAUACACUGUUAUAUAUCAAUCACAAAGACGCAAUGAAAGAAAAUGAUACAUAAUCAACCCUUCCGGUAAAUAAAGUCAACCAUAUCCUAUCCACGAUAUCAUAAUAAAAUAAUGUCAUUUAAUAAUCGUCAUCAUCAUCAUCAUUCCCAUCGCCAUCAUCAUUGUAUUAAAUGAAUGAAGAAAAAAAAACCCAUUGUUGUUAGAUUAAUUUGUUAGUGUAAUUAAUGAAAUCAAAGUAAUGUUUGGAUUCUGAGAGAAGAAUGGUAUGAAAGAGAAAUGUUUUAGCACACAAGAAAGUGAUAAAAGGAAAUGAAUGACGAAU